UGUGAAGUAACCGCUCCAAAAAUUUCUGGCAGUAAAAGGCGGGAUUCGAACAAAAUUUCGCGGUUAGUUUGUUAUUUUCUGCCGACCCAUGGAAAGGCGGUCAAUAUGAUGAUGCACGACGAGGGUCAUGGAUGAGCUUCAGGUUGAGACAAGGCCCAGAACAAGGUCUUUUCUUCACCUUUGUUUUUCUUUCCUUUUCCUUGGAAUGGCAAUGGUUUGGUGGCUUACCAGGCCUCGUACAGAUCAAAACACGAAGUCUCCUUUCUUUCCUCCCUCACUUCUUUCUUUUCCCUUUCUAUAUACCCCCUUAACAGUUCAACACAGUGUUCCUAUCAACCAAAGUGAUAGGAUACCAGGCCUCAGAAACUGGAUUCUUGAUGAGGGUGUCGCUCCUGCCCGCGGGUUCGGAGUAAGUAUGCUUACGGUGGAUCUUACCGGUGUAGAUCGUAUUAGUAUUUCCUCCCACGGACAUCUUUAUUUAUAGUUUUAAACCUUAGCAACGUUUAAGACGGGGCUGCAUCUUUUCCGAGUACGUACAGC